AUGGCUUUGAAGAAAUUGCUCAUCUCAAUUUGUACUUUCAAGGAUGUGUUAAUGUUAAAAGUGAUUCAAGCCAAUAACAAUUAUCAGAAUAAAUCAAGAGUUCAUCAUGAAGUGGCUGGUGAAAAAUACUGUUGUGUGUGCUUAUCAAGAUUGAAGGAUGGAGAUGAUAGUAGAGUGUUGCCUUGUUUACAUGAAUUUCAUCGCGAAUGUGUCGAUAGGUGGUUAAAUGGUGCACGGAGAACGUGUCCUGUUUGUAGGUUUUCGAUGGAAGAUGGAAACAACUUGUAUCUAAUAACAGAGGAUUUAACAGAGGAGAUGGUUAUAUGGUUUUCAUCUUUUCAUGUUGCUGGUUUCUGA